AACUAAUAUUGGUUUCUUUCACCAAGACGAUAAGAUAAGACAAAGUAACUACGUGUUGGGGCCUUUUGAUAACACGGCUGAUGUAUAGAAUGCUGUCAAUACGACGAUAUGCUCUCUUACGACUACAAGUUUUAAAAUAAACAACAUAUAUUUUUUUAAUUUCAAAACAUUGUGCGGUUACAGUCAGUGGUGUUAUAAAGCGGUUGCGCUGAAUCAUGUGAUUGAACAAGUGUCGCGUUCUGUGUGAAUAUAUAUGGAUAAUAUCAUUAUACUUCGGAAAAUGCAGGAAAAGAGAAGACUAGAUGGAAUUUGAUGCUAGAGCGCAUGGCGCGACGUGGCGCUGGCCUCUCCUACUGUCCGUCGUGUUCUUGAACAUCAGCUUACCAAGUCUCGUGUACGCUUAUGGAGUAAUAUUGGUGCAUUUAGAGGAACUACAAGUACCCAUAUGGCUUGGUUUAUCGACUCCAACAAUUUACGUACUCGUCUACAAUCUAACACAAUGUUGGUGCAGGGAGGCAGCCGAUUCUUGGGGAGGCAGUGUUGGCUACCGUGUCAUGGCCACAGUUGGGCUUAUGAUGGUGGUGGCUAGUCUACUCAUAUGCGCUUUCAUACCCUUCCACGUACAGCCUUUUGUCUACGGGAUAUUAGGAGGCUUGGGGUCGUCGAUUAUAUCAGCUCAAGUAGACGCAGUAGUAUUUGAUACAUACGACUCCCGAUUGGGAAUAAUUCGAGGAGUAUGUUUCGCUGGUCAGGCAGUUGGCCAGUCAAUAUUCCCUCAUAUAAUAACGGCACUAAUAGACGGUUACGGAUAUUCGUUUUCAUACAUAGUGCUUGGAGGAAUAAUGCUUCAAACGUUACCUGCAAUCAUGUUGCUUCGAGUCGAUGAGAGUGUUAGCCGACCAAUUUCUUUCUCAAGAUACAGCGACUUGUCCAAAACAUACGCGGUAUUCAGUAACGAAGGCAUGGAUAAAAAUUACUAUACGACUGAAUUACAAUUACAUGACAUGAGCAAGAAAUGUUGGCAAAGUCCUUCAGAUGAUAACUUACACAGGGAUCCAGAGCAUGGAGGUGACUACGAGUACGAUGGAGACAUGGCUACUAUUACACCACCACCAAGUCCAGAAGAAAAGAGGAGAAAUAUAUUUGGUGUGGAAAUAUUACCAGAAAUACCAGAGGAAAGUGAAGAGAGUGAUGUAGAAGAGUAUGCAAAAGAUGUAGACAAUAGUAAGAAUAAAAAGCGGCUUAGUGUCGCUAUUAAGAGACUGAGUACAUUAGGCGAUAGUUUUGACGAUUGUAUUAGCAAACAGAAAAGACGUGACUCGGAAUCGGACCUAGAAGGUUCCGAACAAAGAGAGUAUAGUGAAGUGGAAGUAACGUACGAGAAUAUAUCGCCAGUUACAGAUAUUCAGCGAGAAAAGAUAUUCAAUUCAUUUAGUUUUCGAUGCCAGUCCGCCUACGCUAGUAUGAAAAGGAGAAUAUGGAUGCCGUCAUAUAGAGUUUAUACAAUUAGAAGGAGAUUCACAUAUUUAAUGUACAACAUUAACGACACGUUUGUAAAACCCUUGACGAGGUCAUUGUCAAGUUGGAAGUUCUAUCCAUCGUUAAUGCUAUAUUUCUCUAGACUAAGCUUGACGUCAGUUGCUAUGGUUUCACUGACUAAAAUCGCGUCAGAAAUGCACCCCAAGAUAUCGAUGUCAGAUUCGAACUUCCUGAUGACUUUGUAUGGAUUUACUUGGAUAUGCUUCUUGCUGAGUACCCCGUGGCUAGCACAAACGCCGAAGAGAAACUUCAAAUAUGUUGCACUGGCUGGUUUAGUCGUCUCUGCUGUAGGAUGUUUUGUUCUGGCAGAAGCCGACAACCACGACUCGUUCUCCAUCGGGUGCGUCAUAGCCGGCUUUGGGUACGGCGCUAUAUCUUGCUGUUGGGAGACAGCAGUACAAGACUUCGUCGGCACUAGAAAAUGGCCGAAGUUCCACAGCAGUCUGGAAACGAUCUCGGGUACUUUAUUAGCAAUAUUUGUAGUAGGAAUAUCAUUCAUCGUUGAUCAAGAAAGAGGUUUGCAGUUCGCCAUGUUAAUUUUAGGAAUCAUACUAUCAGGAAUCACUUUAGUGUGGUUCCUAAUAUGUAUCACUUACUUAUACCUUACUAAAUUAAGAACAAUGAGAAUAGGUAAGCCUUGGGCAACGUAAUAAUUCUUCUGUAUAUAGCUUAAUUUUGAGUUUGUGCUAAUUUCUAUUUAAACUACAAAAGUGGAACAAAACAUACAGAUUAUUAAUAACUGUAUACACAAACACGAGUGUCUCGUGUACAACAUGAGUAGGAAUAAUAUUUUAAAUUAUAUUUUGCAAUUU